ACGUCAUCAAAAAGUGGUUGAAGUUGCUCCUGCAAUUAAUCUAAAGUUCUUAGUUGAUCAGCAGGACAGACAUUAUUUCAUUGAAAUAAAUCCUCGAAUUCAAGUUGAGCAUACAAUUACAGAGGAGAUCACUGGUAUUGAUAUAGUCGCCGCUCAAAUUCAAAUCGCUGCUGGUUCUCUUCUUGCUCAUCAAAAUCUUGUACAAGAUC